AUGGAUUCGAUCUGCCUGCAGUGCUCCGAGCCGGUUACCACUUUGAAUCAGCUGAAAUGCCAAGGAUUUUGCUACAGAAUCAUGCAUCUAUCGUGUUCAACGCUCACUCGUCCAAAAUUGGACAUGAUUAACGACUCAGCGAAUAUAUUCUGGCUUUGCGACAGCUGUGUGGAUUUGAUGAAAUCCUCCGCACGCUUGAAGCAUCUGGAGAAAACCAGAAAAUCAGUGGAAUCCGCAACGACAUUGCCUGCAACUCCCAUAUCAUGGCCCGUUCCAAAUAGAGCUGGAGCCAAACGUGCUCGCGAGACGGAGGAUGAUAAAUAUCCUUCUAAAUCCGAUGUCCCUAGUCUAACGUGUGGCAAGAAAAAGGGUGAUGUAGCAAAGGUACCCACAAUCACUGUUCAACCCGCUACUAGUAAAUGCUGGAUUUACUUGUCACGAAUUGCUACCGCCGUUUCCGAAGCUGAGGUUGGUGCUAUGGUUAAGGAGUGCCUCUCAACGGACGAUCCGGUCGAAGUGAAGAAGUUAGUGAAAAAAGACGCAAAUUUGAGCGGGCUUAAUUUCAUUUCUUUCAAAAUUGGUGUUGACCCUCAACUUCGAGAAAUGGCUCUCAAUGCCGAUACCUGGCCGGAUGGGAUGUAUUUCCGCGAGUUCAUCGACUUUCGGCAAGAACGUAAUAAUGACGGGAAGCUUGGGUUUCGGAAAACACCUCGACUGGGAUAA